CCUGGAUAAAUACGCUGUGAGAACCUGGCUUACACAGCUGCAUGAGGAGCGUCACACGCUCCCUGAACGUGCGCUAGAGAAAAUACAACAGCAACUCAAAUAUAUACAAGCAUACGCUAUUGCUAGCUGCUAUUACUAAUGUUUCACUAGAUUUUGGAGUGUGCUCGUGGAGAUUUGUGGAGAUUCAUUUAGCAGUUCUGAAGCUUGAAUGACUCAUGUGGGCGGGGAAACGACGCUGAUUGGUUGCAGAAGUACUCCCUCUGAGCAUGCGCAGACAGAAUCAGGAACUGGAUAAAGAAAGAUUUUCUCUCCCUGAGUGAGUAAAAAAUGGCGAAGAAAGACGCGAGCACUGCGAAGUUGCCGGUGGAUCAGUACCGCAAACAAAUCGGAAAGCAGGAUUAUAAGAAAACUAAACCAGCUCUGCGAGCCACACGUCUGAAGGCCGAGGCGAAAAGGAGCGCUCCGGGAAUCAAGGACAUCAUCUUGGUCAUCGCAGCCGUGCUGGUCUUCCUGCUCGGGGUGUAUGCCUUCUUCUACCUCAACCUGAGCACCGAGCUGAACCUGGACACCGACCUGGACUAAAGAUCACAAAGGCAUCCGCUUGAUGGAGGCUACAAUCAGAACGCGUUCGGGACAUCUCAGCACCCUUUUUUGCUAUGAAUCCUAAGUUCCUAAGAUCCUGACCAUCUGCUUUUGAACAUUAUUUGAAGAGUAACACUUUACAGGGUUAAACGCUAAUUAAUUGUGAGUAGCUACUCAAAAUACAGGCUGACGUGGCUUUUGGGGGUCCAAGAACUGCACCAGGUUCGAGUCCUGCUUUGCGCUAGGUUUUCUUUCUUUUUUAUAUCUUCUAGGGAAAUUUUUUCAGUGUUUUUUUUCCCCCACAUCUCAGGAUACUAGAUGAAGAAUUCUGUGUGUGUGUGUGUGUGUGUGUGUGUGUGUGUGUGUGUGUGUGUGUGUGUGUGUGUGUGUGUGUGUGUGUAGAGUCAUUGCUCAUUGUAUUUGAAACUUAAUUGAUUAGUGUCUAUAAUUAGCAAUAAAACAGAAUUUUGUGAUUUGCUUGACAUUCCAGAUACAUUUUUUUUUGUACACUUUAUAUAGAACUCUUGCAAACAUUCAGAACUCACUUGUUUGACUUAAUUCUAAAAGAAGGUUUAUGGUAUUAUAACCUGUGUGAAACUUUUUUGCUCAGGAUUAGUAUUCAGAAAGGAUCGCUGUGUGGUUUUGUCCACUUGUUUUUGUAAUCCAUUCAUUUUUCGAUGGACCACAAUAAAAAAUAAUAAAAAUACCUAGAUUGUUUACGGA